UCCUACAGAUACUCUCACUUGCACACCUUAUACAUAUAGUAUGUAUGCAUGAAAGAAACUAGACAUAAUCGCUAGCAGAGGCAGACACAUUUAGAAAUUGCUUGAAGCAGACGACACAUUUGUUCUGAGAGGUUUGUUCACCAUGGACUACGAAGAAGUGAUUGGGACAAUUGGAGGAUGUGGACUUUAUCAGAAACUGAUGCUAGCUUUUCUCUACUCUUCAACCGUUAUGGAUGGUUUACAAAUUGGAAGCAUGAUUUUUAUUGUACCUGACUUAGAUUACAGGUGUGCUAUUCCUGGUUACGACAACGACACGUAUAAAAUCCAAAGUGAAAUCCAUAAAGAACUGAUCAACGAAUAUAUUCUAAAAAGUGAGGAUGAAGGGGAGGUAGUUUAUGAUAAAUGUUUGAUAUAUUCCAAUACCACAGAAAAUGGAAAUCGAACGACACAGAUGUGCAGCUCUUGGGUUUAUGAUAAAACCAACACGCACACCUCAAUCACCAGUCAGCUAAAUCUCGUUUGCGAUAAAGCGAUUCUGGCAAGGCACACCUUUACGUUUUACUUCAUGGGCAGCAUUUUGGCCAUGGUCAGCUGUGGAAUUUUAUCAGACAGCUUAAGCUUUGCCGAGGUUUAUUUUUAG